AUGGCUAAUAUCUGUGACGGAUGUUCGCGCCGGGGAACAUCGUGCAUCAGCCAGGAGCUUCCAGAUGAGCCUGGACCUAAACGGAGCGUCGAGGAAAGACUGAGUCGACUGGAGACGCUAAUGGAGAAGUUGAUUGACAGCGUUGGGCCUCAUGGUUUCUCAGACAACUCUGCUCGCCAGCCUCUGCAGCAGGAAGGUCUCAACAGGAAAUCCCCCCUUUCGAUAAGUAGUUCUGGUGUCGUGAACUCUGUACCUUGCAGAGUCAGCUACUCUUCGCAGCGGGGUAGUGACGGCGACGAUACCUUGCAUUAUCUGCAGUAUCAUGUCACCUCCGAGCCAACGAUGAAACAGCCUUGGGCCAUCAGACUCACAGACCCAAGGCAGAAUACCCGAGGGCGGAAAGAACUAUCUCACAUAUUGAUGUCCGCAUGGCCCAGUCAACGUGAUCUCGAUCUUAUCCUUGAAGUUCCAGUUGAAGCCUCAAAGUUUCUUCAUGGAAUCGCCUGCUCGUCAGAAGGCGUUCCGUCAGCACGAGAGAUAUUACAACUACAUCCGCAAGAUUCUCACCCUGUCCUGCUCGCGUGGAAGCUCUUGAGUCUAGCCAAAUACCUGCAAGCGAUCCUGCCGACUUCUGUGCAUAACCUCAACAGCCUUUUGGUGGAUUACCACAGCAUCAUGGUCCAUGCUGUCGAAACGGCCCAUAUCGUUACUUGUAAUGAAGAAGUGAUAUACUCAAUCGAGGGUAUUGAAUGUAUCAUGCUGGAGAGCCUCUACCACAACGAGGCAGGUAAUCUUCGCCUUUCAUUACUUUCUGUUCGCCGUGGAAUUGCACUGGCGGAAAUGAUGGGCCUUCACCGCGGGAAAUCAUUAGCACCAGCUUUUCUGAAGCCUGAAACGCGGCUCCGAAUUAAGCCAGAGCAAUUGUGGUUCCGUCUCGUCCGCUUGGACCGCUAUCUAUCGUUAUUGUUAGGCCUGCCACAAGGUUCACUUGAUGACAGUUUCGCAAGCCCUGAGGCGCUCAAAGACUGCCCGCCCGUCGAAUGCUUGCGGCGUAUUGACUGCGUCGCAGCUGGCCGCAUUCUGCAACGCAAAGAAGCCGAUAUGAUUGACAGCAAUUUCACUCAAGACAUCGACAAGUUACUACAGAAAGCUGCGGCCUUCAUGCCAAGUCGGUGGUGGCUGGUUCCGGAGCUUACAGCCACCCGUGCCGAAACCUGGGAUGCCUUGGAAGAGGUGGAUCGUCUGAUGUGUCAAUUUGCCCACUUUCACGUUAUGGCCCGCCUUCACCUUCCAUACGUGAUCCGGGCUGAUCAAAACCCUUAUAACUGCGUCGCAGCCGUCAACGCUAACCGCGAGAUAUUGACACGCUUCGUCUCUUUUCGCAGCCAGACCAGCCGCUGCUACCGCGGAAUCUUGUUUCUCGCCUUCAUUGCAAGCGUGACAAUAUGCCUGGCGCAUAUCAACACCCAUGCUGCCGGCCAGAGAAACUCUAUGACGACAUACCUUCUCGCGCACCAACGCAUGGGUGACCGCGGCAUGAUAGAGAGGACUCUCGAAUUAAUGGAGCCCACAUCCAAUGAUGUGGCAACCACCAGGAUUCACACCAUUCUGCGUCAUUUACUCCUGAUCGAGGAUGAUGCCGCACACGGCGGAAGCUACUACACCUAUGCCUCGGCUGCGCGCAGUGAGGACGAGCUUGAGUGCCAUGGAAAAGUCAGCGAAACCGACAGUGGGUUGCGUAUUUCCCUUCCACAUGUUGGAACGAUCCAAAUUACGCGUCGCGCGAUUGAGAAGUCUCCAUCAACGGCACAAGUGCCGUCUAUGGAGGAAACGAUGCCAGGGGUAUCUGUUACCGGUCCGACUGUACCGUUGAACCCUGCUAGGUCAUGCGAAGAACUAGAGGGGCACGAAAGCUCAUCGCCUGGGCCACCAAUUCCUGCCACGGCUUGCACUCCUGGCGAUGAGUCGGCCAUCCCAGGGUGGCAUGCUCACCCUUCACUCUUAGAUUCUAUGUCUCUACGGCAUUAUUCCGUAUCUACUGCAAAAGAUGGCGGUUUCCUCGACCUCAAUGACGGCGGCGGACCCCACACGCGCCUCGACCCGGAAGUAGACGAAUUUACAGACGAUUGGGACCUACAAGGCGUUGACAUGACUCUGUUCGAUAGCAUUCUCCAUGGCCGCCUUGAGCUCUGA